AUGCUGCUGCGGCUGAUCUUGCUUUUUGGCUCGCGGCUCCUGACGCCUCCAGUCUCUGGGUCCGGGAGCCAAUGCUCCUUGCACAGGGUCUACUCACGGGGCUACUACAAAGACGGGGACCUAGUGAUUGGAGCGCUCUUAGCUCUGAAUGUGUUUGAGGGUUACCUACUAGAAUUUAACAAAUACCCUUAUUGGUUUGAUAAUCGAUUCGCCCGUGUUUACAAACAUAAUCUGCACGUCCUGGCACUGGUGUUUGCCGUGGAGCAGAUCAACAAGGACACCAGCCUCCUGCCCAACAUUUCCCUGGGAUUCCACCUCUAUGAUACCUUAUUCCGUGAGAGGCUGGUCGUGGAACAGUCUCUGAUGCUGCUCUCGGGCGCGGCACGGACAGUUCCCAAUUACAGCUGCCUGGAGUGGCACAAGUUGGUGGCCGUCAUCGGGGGAAUCAGGUCGACUUUGUCCUUUGCCAUGGCCAACGUCAUUGGAUUCCACAAGUUCCCCCAGGACAGUCCGAGAAGUAGAAGCUGGAAAUUCCUUGACUCUUUGUUGUCUCCCAUACAGAUCACCUACGGCCCCUUUGAUGUCAAUCUGAGGGAUCCGGUGCAGUUCCCCUUUCUCUACCAGAUGGCCCCCAGGGGCACCGCUCAGCAGCGGGGAAUAGCCCGGUUGUUGCUGUAUUUUGGCUGGACUUGGGUCAGUCUCAUUGUUUCCAAUAACGUUCAAAGUGAAAUUUUCGCCAGGGACCUAACACAGGAGAUGAGCCAACACGGAGUCUGUGUAGCCUUAACAGAACGGAUUCCUGAACCUGACUACUACGGGACAAGACAAGUAGAAAUAUUGUAUCAAAAGCUGAAUGAUUUGUCGGCCAAUGUGGCGGUUGUCUAUGGAGACAUAGACUCCAUCAUCACGUUUAAAUGGGUUGUCAGUAUGGUGUGUGUUAUCGGGAAAGUUUGGAUCCACCUGGCUCACUUUGAUGACACUGUCAUUAAUAAUUAUAACCUACCUUCCAAUUCCUUCGAAGGUUCUUUGUCAUUCUCCAUUCACACGGAUGAUGUGCCUAGCUUCCAAGAUUUCCUCCUCGCAGUUAACCCCUCUAAAUACCCCAAUGAUGUUUUUCUCAAGGAUUUCUGGGAAAUUAGACUAGGCUGUUACUUUGAAGUUUCGCAACAAAAAAGGGACUCUACCUGCACGGGAAACGAGAGUUUCUACGAGCUAAACUUGCAUAAGACUGACAUGGAGUUGACUGGACUAAAGCACACUUUGUACAGUGCAAUGUAUAAGGUGGCACGUGCACUUCAUGAAAUGCUUUUGUCCAGGUCAGAAAUGGAAACGUCUGGAACAGAGGACACAGUGGUGCCCCAUCCAUGGCAGCUCCACUCAUUCCUGAGGCAGCGUCAGUUGAACGCCAACACUGGUGAAGAGCAGUACACUGAUGGACACACCCAAUCAGUCCUAAGCUAUGAUAUACUCAAUUUACAGAUACUCAAAAUGGGAACGUUAAUACGAGUGAAGAUAGGAGAGUUUAAGCCUCAGGCAUCUUUGGGGAAUGACUUGAUCAUUAACAAGGAGGCCAUUUUGUGGAAUUCCGGAUUCCUCCAGACGCCUCCAGGCUCCGUGUGCAGCAACAGCUGCCUCCCUGGAUUCAGGAAAACUUCUCUGGAGGGGAAGGCCAUCUGCUGCUACGAUUGUACCCCGUGCCCCGACGGUGAGAUCUCCAACCUGACAGAUUCGACUCACUGUCUGAAGUGUCCUGUAGACGAGUAUCCUAAUGUGCAAAGAGAUCGCUGCCUCCCCAAGGUCAUGGCUUUCCUUGCCUAUGAUGAGCUGCUGGGGAUUGUUCUGGUUUCUACGGCUCUUUCUUUCUCCUUGGUUACAGCCCUGACCUUGGGGAUCUUUAUCAAGCACCGUAACUCGCCCAUCGUCAGAGCCAACAACCGCGGCCUCAGCUACAUCCUCCUCAUGUCCCUCAUGUUCUCCUUCCUCUGCUCCCUCAUCUUCAUCGGCCGACCCAGCACAGUGUCCUGCCUCCUUCGACAGACUGCCUUUGGCAUCAUAUUCUCCGUGGCAGUGGCUUUGGUGCUGGCCAAGACGAUCACAGUGGUGCUAGCCUUCCGGGCUACCAAGCCAGGGAGCAGGUUCCGGGGAUGGAUGCUUCCCCGUGUGUCUAACUGUGUCGUCCUCAUCUGCUCUCUGAACCAAGUGACCAUCUGUGGCGUCUGGCUGGGAACCUCUCCCCCUUUCCCUGACUUCAACACGCAGGCUGAGUUUGGACACAUCAUUCUUGAGUGCAACGAGGGCUCCAUCACCGCCUUCUACUGUGUUCUGGGUUACAUGGGCUUCCUGGCCCUGGUCAGCUUCACGGUGGCCUUUCUGGCUCGGAAUCUACCUGACACAUUUAACGAGGCCAAGUUCAUCACAUUCAGCAUGCUGGUGUUCUGCAGCGUCUGGAUCUCCUUCCUACCCACCUACCUGAAUACCAAGGGCAAGGCCAUGGUGGCUGUGGAGAUCUUCUCCAUCUUGGCCUCCAGCCUUGGGCUCCUGGGUUGUAUCUUUGGCCCCAAGGUCUAUGUGAUCCUGCUGAGGCCGGACAGGAACAAACGGGAUCAGUUACUGAGGAAGCUCAAUGUCAACAUUAAAACCCCUUGA